AGAAGGUUUCGAAAAUGGUGGAACAUCAGCAAAAACUAAAGAAACUCCAUGAACCUUCAAGAUUUUCACUCUUUCUCUUAAUAAAAACCUACCACAUCCCAAAAAAACCCAAUUGAAGAUCACCAACUACUUUCUCUCUCAUUUGAUUUUAUCUUCCAAAAGUUUUCAUCUUUGCUUUCUAAAUUGUGUGUUGAAUACAGAAAUAAGCAUGUCUCUCAUUCAUCAACUUCUUGGUGAUGAAACCUACGACCCUUUCCUUUCUAUGAUCAACAGGUGUCCUGUUCUAAGCACCCCAACAGAUUGGAAAGAGACCAAGGAUGUUCACAUCUUCAUAUCUGACCUUCCAGGGAUGAAGAAAGAAGAUGUGAAGGUCGAGAUUGAUGAAGGAAGGGUGCUUCACAUCAGUGGUGAGAGAAAAAAACAUGUUGAUGAUGAUCAUGCUGAUGACAAGAACAUCAAGUGGCAUCACGUUGAACGUUUCCAUGGCAAGUUUCAAAGAAGGUUCAAGCUUCCAGAGAAUGCUAAGGUCGAUCAAGUUACGGCUAGCAUGGAGAAUGGUGUUCUUGUUGUCAGUGUCCCUAAGCAGGAGGUCAAGAAACCACAAACCAAGCUGAUUCAAAUUGAAGGAAACUAAGAGAAUUUCGGAACCUUCCAUGGCAAAUUCAACACUAGACUUUGUUGUUGUUGUUGUGUGUGAAAGAUGUGUGAAUUAGAAAAUAAACGGGUUUUGCUAUAUACCUUACAUGUUUGUGACAUUGUUCAUUGUUGUGUUUUGUACUGUGUUUGAUAUGAUCGUGUAGAGUGUUAUAUAUAUAUAUAUAUAUAUAUAUAUAUAUAUAUAUAAUAUAUGGUUUACUUCCAAAGUUCUUGGAGUUAUGAUUCUAGUUUCAAUGUUUACUUUCUUUAUUAUAAAAUGAUGUAUA